AUGGAUCACUCCGACCCCUUCCUCCAAGUCCAAGCAGACGUUCUCUCGACGCUGCAGACCUCACGCCCUCUAUUCUCCUCCUACCUUCGCAUCCGCUCACUAGCCAAAUCUCCAACGAACCCGGAACUGCAACAAUCACGCUCCGAGCUAGAAACCACCCUCACAGACCUCAGCGCCGAUCUAGACGACCUGGUCGAGAGCGUACGAGCCAUCGAACAAGACCCGUACCGCUACGGCCUCGAACUCGAGGAGGUGCAACGACGACGCAAACUCGUCGAAGAUGUCGGCGCGGAGAUCGAGAAGAUGAGACAGGAGCUGCAGCGGGCCGUCACCAGCUCGGCCGCCAACACCAGUCCCAAUCAUGCCUCGGGACUGCCUAACCCAGCGGAGUUCGAUGAUAACGCGCUUUCGCCGUCGGGCGAGGAUCGAGGGGACGAUUACUAUGCGGCUAUGGAGCAGCAGCGGCAGACGGAGCUCAUGCACGAGCAGGAUGAACAGUUAGACGGGGUGUUUCGGACGGUCGGGAAUCUGAGACAGCAGGCCAAUGAUAUGGGGAGGGAAUUGGAAGAGCAGGCGGUUAUGAUUGGGGAGGUAGAUACGUUGGCGGAUCGAGUGGGUGGGAAGCUACAGAGUGGCAUGUCGAAAAUCAAGUAUAUCGUGAGGAAGAAUGAAGAUACGAUGUCGUCAUUCUGCAUCGCGUUGCUCAUCUUCGUCCUCAUUCUCCUGUUGAUUUUGCUCAUUGCAUUAUGA